UGUCACGUAAGCCUUAAAAUGCAAUCGACAUGUAUUAUCUGCGUCAUCUUGAUCCUCGGCUGCGUGCUUAUUAAUGGACAAACUCCUGACUGUCGCAAGUUAAGGGACACUUGCAAUCCUUGCAUCCGAAGACUCAAUAAUCCCAUCAACAAUGUGGAGUUCAUGAACGAAGGAUGCCGCGAGAAAGUCCGUGGUAGAUACAUCUGGAAGAAUCAGACUCGCUGCGAUCUUCAAGUCAUCGCUUGUGGUGCUCACAAGAGGAAACUGGAUUGCCUGGUAAUAGCAGAGCUUGCUGGGAUGCCAAGGCGAACUUAG